AUGGUCAAGGGAGGUGUCGCAUUACUGGCCUUUGCUGGCCCGGCUCUGGCAGGAGUCAUUGCCCGCGGUGGAGAGCCUGACAUCAAAACCGUCGUCGGCCCCAACUACCCUGUGGGUACUGGUACGGCCCCGCCUCCCCCUCCUCCUAUCCAGUUUCCUACUGGUACUGCGCCUCAGCCCAAGCCUACCACCAGCCAUGGGACUGCUCCUAUUAAGCCUACCACCAGUCAUGGCACUGCUCCUAUCAAGCCUACCACCAGUCAUGGUACGGCCCCUAUCAAGCCGACUACCAGUCAUGGAACAGCUCCUAUCAAGCCGACUACCAGUCAUGGAACGGCCCCUAUCAAGCCGACUACCACUGACUACCAGCCAUGGAACGGCCCCUAUCCAGCCGACCACCAGCCAUGGAACUGCUCCUAUCACUACUACCAGCUUUGGUACCGCUCCUAUCAGGCCGGUCACUACUGA